AUGCUCGCUCGAAGCACCAAAUCUCUUGGUCGUGUGGCCUCAGCACGCACCUUUUCCACUGGAAAUGACAUUAAACUUUCGAACCUUAUAAUCGAUCGUACGUCUAAUCCAAAGACAAAAGUACCCAAAGAAGAGCUUCAGUUUGGCAAAACAUUUACGGAUCAUAUGCUCGAAGUAGAUUGGGAAGUUGGGAAAGGAUGGGGCAACCCUAUGAUUCGUCCUUAUGGUCUUCUAUCAAUCGAUCCAGCUAGUGCUGUAUUGCACUAUGCUCUUGAGUGUUUUGAAGGCAUGAAGGCUUAUAUUGACGCUGAGGGUCACGUGCGACUUUUUCGUCCGGAUAUGAACAUGAAACGUCUUAACAAGUCGAUGAAACGUCUAUUGCUACCAGAAUUUGAUGGAGAUGAGCUUCUUAAAUGUCUAGCAGAACUCAUUCGUCUCGAUAAGGACUGGGUACCAACGGGUGAAGGUUAUUCGCUCUAUAUUCGUCCUACGGGUAUCAGCACUCAAGCUUCGAUCGGUGUCGGGAUUAGUGAAAAAGCCAAGCUUUUCAUCAUCUUGUCACCUGUUGGACCAUAUUACCCCGAGGGAUUUAACCCUGUAAAGUUGUGUGCCAAUGACCGGUACAUUCGUGCAUGGCCUGGAGGUACAGGUGGCCACAAGGUUGGAGCAAAUUACGCUCCAGGGAUUCUGCCACAAUACUCUGCAAGUAAACAGGGCUACUCGCAAAAUUUGUGGAUCUUUGGACCUGACCAUGAGAUCACAGAGGUCGGCACUAUGAACUUGUUUAUCCACUGGAUUAAUGAACAGGGUGAGAAAGAACUUAUUACACCACCACUUACGCGCGGUGAUAUUCUGCCAGGCAUUACGCGGGAUUCGAUCUUGCACUUGACACGUGAGUGGAACGAGUUUAAGGUGACGGAGGGCAAUAUCAAUAUGAAACAGUUGCAGAAGGCCAGCAAGGAGGACCGCGUUCUCGAGAUUUUUGGCUCAGGUACUGCUGCAGUCGUCUCGCCUGUGUCGACUAUCAACUACAUGCACAAAGAUCUGGUUAUUCCGCUUGAUGGUACGGACGGCAAGGCUGGCAAGCUCGCCGAGCGUAUCUGGAAGGAGCUGUCCGAUAUACAGUAUGGCCGUCGCGAGCAUCCGUGGUCGAUUGUUGUGGACUAA